CUCCUGGGAGGGAGGUCUUUUGUAGGAUUUAAACGUGGUUGAUCAAGGUUAGCUCCUGGGACUUGGUGUCAGGACGAGCCUCUCUUCCUGAGACAGCCCCUAGCCCUAACCAACCAGAUAUCCCUCUGGUUCACCUGAGCUGGAAGACAGCCCACCACUAAGCUCAUUUGCAAGGGGAAAGCCAGGCUUGGACCACUUGGGAACUUCCAGCUGUAGUUCACAGCUGGUCCCGGGUUGGCAUCAUGAACCACAUUCCCCAGGCCUUUGUGACCACCAACGCUGGACGUCCUCCAAACUAUGAGAGGCUCAAAGAGGAAUAUGAGGUAGCUGAACUGAGAGGACCCCACGGCUCAGCUGCUGUCAGAACCACUGUGAUCAACAUGCCCAGCGAGGUCUCCCUGCCUGACCACAUCAUCUGGUCCCUGUUCAACACACUCUUCAUGAACUUCUGCUGCCUGGGUUUCAUUGCCUUUGCCUACUCGGUGAAGUCUAGGGACAGGAAGAUGGUGGGUGACGUGACUGGGGCCCAAGCCUAUGCCUCCACCGCCAAGUGCCUGAACAUCUGUGUCCUGGUCUCUAGCAUCCUUCUGGUUGUUAUCACCAUCAUUACUGUCACCCUUGUUUUGGUCAACACUGUCUGAUCAAGCCUUUUCACAGAAGAGAACCGUCUAAGAA